GGGUCGCGGCCCCAUCGUCCUUCUGAAACUCCUGGAGCGAGGAGCGAGGACAAGGACGAGGCUGAGCGGGGCCGGAACCAUGAACCGGAGUUUCCACAAGUCUCAGACCCUGCGCUUCUACGACUGCAGCGCGGUGGAAGUCAAGAGCAAGUUUGGGGCUGAGUUCCGAAGGUUCUCUUUGGACCGUCAAAAGCCUGGGAAGUUUGAAGACUUCUACAAGCUGGUCGUGCACACCCACCACAUCUCCAACACCGAAGUGACCAUCGGCUAUGCAGAUGUGCAUGGCGACCUGCUGCCCAUCAACAACGAUGACAACUUCUGCAAGGCAGUCUCAAGUGCGAACCCUCUGCUCAGGGUCUUCAUCCAGAAACGAGAAGAGGCCGAGCACUGCAGCUUCGGGGCGGGCUCGCUGUCCAGGAGGAGGAAGGCCCUGGCGCUCCGGGAGGAUGGGCCGCGCCGGCGUGCGCACCUGCACAUCGGCAUGCCCCACGACUUCCGCCCCGUGUCCUCCAUCAUUGACGUGGACAUCCUCCCUGAGACGCACCGCCGUGUGAGGCUGUAUAGGCACGGCUGCCAGAAGCCACUGGGCUUCUACAUCCGUGAUGGCAUGAGUGUGCGUGUGGCCCCCCAGGGGCUGGAGAAGGUGCCGGGCAUCUUCAUCUCUCGCAUGGUGCCCGGCGGCCUCGCAGAGAGCACGGGGCUGCUGGCCGUGGACGACGAGGUCCUGGAGGUGAAUGGGAUCGAGGUGGCUGGGAAGACGCUGGACCAGGUCACGGACAUGAUGAUCGCCAACAGCCACAACCUCAUCGUGACAGUCAAGCCGGCCAACCAGAGGAACAACGUGGUCCGUGGCAGCCGUGCAUCUGGCAGCUCCGGCCGGUCCUCGGACAGCGUGGCCAGUCGCCACAGCCUGCCGACAACCCACAUCCUGCAGAACUUGCACCCUGACGAGAUGGAGAGUGACGAGGAGGCCGACGUCGUCCUCGAGGGCGUCCUGGAGCCCCGGCUGGUCCCCAGGCCGCCCCCGGGAAGCCUUGCGCGGGUCAACGGUGCCGGCCUGACACCCAGACUGCACAGCCCUGGGCGGGAAGGCGGCGGCAGUGUCCACAGGCUGCUCAGCUCUCUCAGGUCCGACCCCCGCCACAGCCUGGCCUUGCCCCCAGGAGGGGUGGAAGAGCACGGGCCGGCGGUCACCUUGUAGGGCCAGGCUGGUACUGGGCAGCCUUG